GUUUUGCUUGGUUCUUCGCUCAUUUUGCUUUCUACAACGAGAAUUAGGAAUAUAGAGUAUGUAAGAAUAAAUAAUACAAAGCAAAAUAAUCUUCCUCUGUCUUUCAUUCAAACACUGCGGGGACUCACCGCUUGCCAUUCAGCACUCGUGGCAUUUGCAUCUGGAUUUUGAUCCUUGUUGCCAUUAUGCAUUGCUCUAUGGUAAUCAAAUACUUAUUAGGCGCUAAAUAAUAAUGUGUUGACUGUGGAGCAAGAAUUCUUAUCGAUGGCAGCUUGUGUGGCUUCCCCAUUGUCUGUUAAGCUGCAUAUGCUGACGAGGCCUAUUAGAGAGAGAGACCUUUCAUUUCAGACUACAAAUUUUAAGGCUAUUCACAGAAAGAAUUCCAGUAAUGGCUGUAAAUUCGGUCAAUUCUCUUCAUGGAGAAUGUUUAAGCUAAGUGCUGGUGGUUCCAAAAAUUUGAAUAUUAGUCCUCAUCUUCGGGUGACCUCCUUGAUGGGCAUUGGCUUGGGGACAUUAGUUGAUUUUGAUGGUGCAACGGCCUCUGAUUUUGUGCCAGUUGUUGACCAGGUGCUUUUGAUGGCCAGUAUAUUUCUCACAUAUAUGGCUGGAGUAAUUCCUGUUGAAAAAUCUUAUGCCGGUGGUCAAAAGAUCAUUUCUGAUAAAAAUUUGGUUGCUGAAACCUUAGACAAUUCUGGUAGUGCUGCGGAGAAUACUUAUCAACUUAAUUCAAAGUAUGUCUUGAAUGUUGUGAGGGAAAAGCUUUUGAAUUCUCUAAACACUUUAGAAUACAAGGCUUAUUCAGGAGACUGCAUCAUUCAAUCUGUAAAGCGGCCCUUGAGUUUGAAUGCUGUUGCUGAGGGUCCAAAGUUACGGUUGCUUUGGGCUGCUUUUGAGAAAAUUGCGGAGGAGGUUAAUAAUAUCUCAAGCAGUGCCAAACCUCUCAUUAUGGAUGAUCGGUUGAGAGUGUUUUCCGAAGUUGUUCAAAGAUCCUAUUGUUCCAUAUGUAUGGCUUGGCUGGAAAAGGAGUUUUCCCUUGGAAAAAACAUUGCUGAAAAGAAACUUGCUUCUUUGAUACUUGAAAAAGUAAAAGGAGACAGCAUUAUUGUGCAAAGCAUAAAAAAAUCUGGGAAGAUGGAUCUUUAUGCAGAAUUACUGUGCUAUCUUACUUAUGGUUCUUUCAGGGAGGAUUUUUGCUUUGAUUCCUCUUUAUUUGCUUUGCAUGGGAUUUCUAUAUUGGAGGAUCUGGUGAUAACGUUAGCAGAUGGGGUUGCCACCUUGUAUUUGGAGUUCAUUUCUGUUGAUGGUGACAUGUCAAGUGAAACAAAUAGGUUAGACUUGUCGUUAUGUGCUUUUUCCACCAGAGAACUCCAAAAAUUACGGAAUGAGGUAGCCUUGAACCAGUGGCUGUACCACAACAUGGACACAGUUGUGUCUAUGUAUGAGGAUCGCUUUGACUUGUGCACUCUGGAGAGUCGACCCAUUGAUCUACCAUGCAAUAGUCAGACUGAAAAUCAAGGCUGGUGGAAGAGGUUUACCCAGGGAAAUGCGAAUACUGCGUCAGCCAAAUUACAUUACAUUGUGAUAAGCAGUCUCCCCAUAGUUGUAAAGCGAACUAAGGAAUUGAGAGCCCUGACAGGAUGGCGAUAUUACUUCAGCCUUUUCCUUGAAUUUUCUGACAUCGCCAUGCCUCUUAUAAGAGCUAUUGUUGAUAAAGUGAGUGAGGCUAUCUCUUUCUUUUUGGUUUGCUUGAUUGGAAGGUCUUUAGGACUCAUUUACACUGGCAUUAGGCAGUCCCUCAAGUGGAAGUGAGAUAAAUGGUACAGUUUUUUGCAGUGCCAUUAUAUCUCUAUCAUUUUAGUAUUGUUAUCUCUUGUUCCUAUUUAUUUUGGCCGUUUAAGGGUUCCUGAGUUUGAACUGUUCUGUAAAUUUGAAAAGCCAGUUCCACUAAAUUUGAAUUUGAGUUCAACUUGAAGUAAUAGCAAUUAGCAUUAAAUGUUAAUGUUACUUGGUCC